UUGCACACGGAUGAUCUCACGCGAAUUAUAUCAAUCAUUGCAUCGAGCAAGUGUCGCGUUCUUUCGAGCCUUCCUAACCUAAACACGUGCACGAUAUCUCGCAGGUUACACGUUAUUGUCCUGUAAUCAUCGUACACUUUUCUACUGGCACUUCAUUCACGUUGUUACACUUGAAAACGAGAAGCUCGAACAGGGAGUUUUAUUAGAAAAUGGACCAUAACGAACUCGUUCAUCGUCGAAGAUGGCGAACAUAAAGGAGGCUCUAGGCGCAGGCGAACUCACAGAUAAGAAGGCUGGGCUUUACCGAGCGCUGAUUGCAGAAUUCCUUGGCACGUUACUGUUGAAUUUCUUUGGCUGUGGAGCUGUGAUCACGGGCAAUGUAGUAGCGAUAAGUUUGGCUUUUGGUUUGGCUGUAGCCACAGCGAUCCAAGGAAUAGGACACGUUUCCGGUGGACAUGUUAAUCCGGCCGUUACGUUUGGCUUGAUGAUCAUUGGCAAGGUGCCAAUUAUUAGAGGCUUACUGUACGUAAUACUUCAAUGCAUAGGAGCAAUAGCAGGAUCUGGUAUACUAAGAGCAUUAUCUCCAGAAAGGAUGGAAAACGCACUAGGGGUGGUAUCUCUUUCACCAGGUGUUACUCCUGUUCAAGGUUUCGGUAUAGAGUUCUUCCUUGCCUUCGUAUUGGUUCUAGUCGUAUGUGGUGCAUGCGACGCAGCAAAGCCAGACAGCAAGGGAAUAGCUCCUCUUAUAAUUGGACUUUCUGUUUCUGUUGGCCACAUUGUUGGUGUACCAAGAACUGGCGCAGGUAUGAAUCCAGCACGAUCAUUCGGUAGCGCCGUUGUGAUGGGUUUAUUCGACAAUCACUGGUUAUAUUGGGUUGGUCCAAUCCUUGGUGGUAUGGCGGCUGGAUUAAUCUACGCGUUCGUAAUCGGCCCUGCGAAAGAAUCAGAAAGUUCCAACAGACCAUACACCGCUGCCGCGACAGACGAGAAGGAGCUACAGAGUCUUACCAGUAAGAAGAAAGACAACCCUGCUUGAUGUUCUAACACGCUGCUAACCAUCGCAUUUCCAAGUGUUAAAUCAUUAUUUACUUAAUGGUUUAAAUACGUAAAAUACGUGAACUUUAUGUUAUUAGAAUUGUUUAAUCAACAUAUUGAUCAAAAAUAUUUCAGACAUAUGCAUAAUAAUCACAUAUCCGUCGAUUUUAAUUUAUUAAAUACACGGAUAUGCAUUUACUCGCCUAUAUUUAAAUGCAUCUAUUUUACCUGUAAUUUCAAAUCGCUGCUUUAUAUCGGACUUACUAUGUACUGAACGGAAACUAUUGCAAACCAAAGAUCGAUUUUGCCGAACUGAAUUCUUAUAGUGUCGACAUCUUCUGCCACUUAGAUGGAACUUAUUUAUUGGGCACCGCUUACAAAAAGAUCGCAUACUGUCGAUAAAUUAUCAAAAGCUACUCAUGUUUUUAAUAGAUAUAAUUAGAUGGAAAUUUCCAUAACACGGUAAAAUAUGGAUCAACAUUUGAUAUAGAAAAUCGUAUUUAAUGAAUGCCAAUAUAAGUUAAUCUAUAUUAAUUUGUGAUGUUUUAUUUAUCGACAUUAACGUAUUAUACUUUAGGUUACAAUUAUACAAUUACUAUCAUAUAGUAGGUGAUCAGAAUA